AGAAACUCUUCAGGCCGGAGUUAACAAUGAGGCUGAUAGUACCUCUCCGUGGAGUCGUCCAAGGCCGUGGAGGCCUAUUCGUUGGCUCACUUAUCCCUUGCUGUAUCUUCUACUGUCUCCAGCUUUACCUCAAACGCCGUUCUCCUCCUCCUCCUCCCGAUUCAGACUCACCGAGGACGUCUUCGCCGUCAACAGCUUCACCUGUUGGACUGUCCCCUCGUGCGGUUCCACUAACGGAACCUCUAGUUUCGCAGUAUUACAUCGGGUUAGAGAGGGCCAAAACGGAUCCGUACGAUCGAAUCAGUAACAAGGAUGGGAUUAUACAGCUAGGGUUGGCGGAGAGUACGAUGUGCUUCGACUUGCUCACGAGAUGGAUGUCUGAUAAUCUGAUGGAUUCGUUGAUGAUGAAAAUUAAUGAGGGUGAGUUCGACAUCAGGCGCAUCGCCAUGUAUCAACCUUUCGAAGGAUUAUGGGAACUCAAAGUGGCUUUUGCUGAUUUCAUGUCACGAAUAAUGGGAGGUAACGUUUACUUUGAUCCCUCGAACAUGGUGAUAAUAGCUGGUGGGAAUCCUGCUAUCGAAGUGUUAGCUUUCAGCUUGGUAGAUCAUGGAAAUGCUAUUCUAGUCCCGUCGCCGUAUUAUUCAGGCUUUGAUAGGGAUAUAAAGUUUCGGACAGGAGUCGAGCUUAUACCAGUACAUACCCGGAGCUCGGAAAAUUUCACUGUAACGGUUUCCGCGCUGGAGCAAGCUUUGAACGAAGCUAGCAAACGUGGAAGAAAAGUCUCAGCCAUCCUCUUCUCAAACCCGUCGAACCCCGUCGGUAACAUAAUGUCAAGAGAGACGUUACAUGACAUCUUGAAAUUUGCUCAAGAGAAGAACAUCCACAUCAUAUCCGACGAAAUAUUCGCCGGUUCUGUUUACGGGGACAAAGAGUUCGUUAGCAUGGCCGAGGUAGCUAAUAGUUCGGAAUGCGACAAGAGUAGGGUUCAUAUCAUCUACGGCCUGUCGAAAGAUUUCUCGCUUCCCGGUUUUAGAGCUGCUGUCAUCUAUUCGUUUCAUCAAGACGUCGUGAGCGCGGCAAAGAAGCUGGUGAGGUUUUCAUCGGUGCCAGUUCCUGUCCAGAGGAUACUUGUCUCUCUGCUGUCGGAUACGAGGUUCGUCGAGGAAUACCUGGCGGCUCACAGGGAAAGAAUCAGGGAUAAGCAUGUUCGGUUUGUGGAUGGUCUGAAGCGGCUAGGGAUUCCAUGUGCUGAGAGUGGUGGCGGGUUGUAUUGCUGGGUUGACAUGAGCGGUUUGCUGACGUCUUACAGCGAGAAAGGAGAGCUCGACUUGUUUGAGAGGCUGUUGAGUGUUGCUAAGAUUAAUGCCACUCCGGGAACAGCUUUUUAUUGUGUGGAACCAGGAUGGUUCAGGUGUUGUUUCACCGCUUUAGCUGAUGAAGACAUACCAAUGGUCAUGGGACGGAUCAAGAAGCUUACUGAACCAUCCAGAUCUUGAUCAGUGCCGCGUUCUGGAUUUUCAGGGCCUAAGGCAAUACCUGAUAUCGUAUUUUAUUUGAACCUUUAAUUUAUAUUUUAUAAUGUCGUAAAUUUAUAACAAGAUAUGUUUUUGUGACAUAUAUAAUUGUUAUAGCAACAAAAUAUAUAAUACAU